AUGAGUAAUUUAAAAAUUGAAUCAAGUCCAUCACCAAACACAUUAACCACGAUAGCUUGUGGCAUCCAACAUAACGUGACUAGAAGUUUAAUAGAAGAAUUUUGUGAAAGUGGUGCAUCUAUGGUAAUAUUUGAUUUUAACGGCUUAUCGUUUGAACAGAGUCGAAAAGUGGUCUACGAACUUCGCCAAGGGGUUUUUAAUUACAGUCUUAAAUAG